AUGUUUUCUUUCGACCAGGCCUCUUUGCCCCAAAUCACAACACGCAAAGCCCUCAUCGGAGUGGAUUUCCAAGAGGACUUCAUAUCCAAGGAUGGUGCUCUACCUGUCCACGAACCAGAGGGCUUUGUCGAGCGUACUGUCAAACUUUCAGAGGCAUUCCGAAAUGUAGGUGAUGUUGUCUGGGUCCAGUCUCAGUUUAGCGAGACGCGACAUGCACCAGAGGAAGAUAUUGUUAUCACCGACAAGGCGCCUAUAUCAGUACAAGAUUCUUCAAAGGGUCGCCCAAGUCCUCCAGAUAAGAUAAUCGAGGCUGGUGGCCCGCCAGACAAGGAGGCUUUCCUCAGUCACGAGGAUGCUGUAUGCGUUGAAACCGAUACGCCUGGCUUCCAGAUCGCCUCCGUCAUUCAAGACUCAAUGCAUAAGACAGACGCAAAGGUUUCCAAAUCUCACUACUCGGCUUUUCGUUCAACUCAUCUGUUGCGCGUUUUGCGAGCCAAGAUGGUCAUGGAGCUUUUCAUCUGCGGGUCAUUGGCCAAUGUUGGUGUGUAUGCGACAGCCCUGGACGCUGCCGGACAUGGCAUGGCCAUCACCAUUGUUAAUGACUGCUGUGGUUACCGCACCGAGUCAAGGAAGAGCGAAGCAAUAGCCUCUCUGAUAGAACUCACCGGGUGUGAGAUCGCUUCAUACGAUGAGGUGAUGGAGGUAAUACAGCCCAAGCCGAAGUCUCCCAAGUCACGGAGGGCCCAACCACCCACCUCACCACAAGACUUAAAACAGCCGCAGACCGCCAAGUCAGGUUCCAAAGAAGUAAAAGGCCGCGAGAAGAGCACUACUCCAGAUUUCGUCAAAGACAUGACAAGCCUUCGGCUAGCUUCAGAUUCACCAAGCCCUGCACACUCAUCGCCUCAGACCCCACCAAAGGUCUCGUCAACAGAUGCAGUUGGAGGCCAUGACGCAACCGAGUUGCCAAAGACCGAAGAACCCCACGAUGUGAACCAACCUACGACGGGUGGAGAGCCCGACAUUGCACAUAUCACGGAUUCAUCAACCAAAAGUAAGAUUGUGGAUGUAGUAGAAGACAAGGCGCAUCAAGCAUCCCCACUACAAAGUACUGAAGAAGCAUCUACCAUUGAUUCAGACUGUUCAAAGAGUUCUGCCAAAGAUAAAGAUGAGCAUAUCCAGUCAUCAGUCUCAGUAAACAAAACACAGAGCGAAACAAAACUCAUUCAAACAACCCCCACCCUGAACGACAAGCAACUCGAACAAAAGACCAAAGAGUCAAAAACUUCCAAGGACAAGAGAACAGUGGCACCACAUGACGAUAACUUUGGAAAGAGAGGGCUUUGCGAAGGAGAUACUGAUAUUAUCGAAAAUGCUCUCCCUGAUUCCCUAGUCGACGGCAUAUUCGAUAAGCUACGUGAGGAGGUCCAGUGGCAGCAUAUGUCCCACCAAGGCGGACAAGUCCCACGACUUGUCGCAGUGCAGGGCGUAGUUGGUCCAGACGGGAGCAUCCCAGUUUAUCGACACCCUUCUGAUGAAUCGCCACCACUGCUCCCGUUUUCCCCGACCGUUCAGGCCAUCAGGGCCGAAACAGAGAAGCACCUGGGUCACCCCCUGAACCACGUACUCAUUCAGUACUACCGAGAUGGUACCGACUACAUCUCCGAACACAGCGAUAAAACCUUGGAUAUCGUCAAAGGAUCUUAUAUCGCUAACAUGAGCCUGGGUGCUGAACGAAUUUUCACGUUCAGGACGAAGAGGAAAGACAAGGACGCUAGUCAAGAUGGAGCCUCAUCACCAGCAGACUCGAAGAGGACGAUUCAGCGCGCCAAACUCCCACACAACUCACUAUGUCGGUUAGGCCUACGUAGCAAUAUGAAGUGGUUGCACGCUAUUCGCCAGGAUAAACGACCCAGAAAAGAAAAAUCCGAGGCGGAACUUGCUUUCGAGGGGGGGCGAAUAUCGCUAACCUUUCGACAUAUUGGUACCUUCUUGAACCGGGAGGAGACUUUUAUCUGGGGCCAAGGGGCCAAAGCCAAGACCCGCGACGAGUCUCAUCCCGUCAUCAACGGCCAAUCUUCCGAAGCUAUCGAGAUGCUGAAGGCUUUCGGAACAGAAAAUCAUGCAUCAGAAUUUGACUGGGAUGCGUAUUAUGGGAAAGGAUUUGACGUGCUGCAUAUGAGCAACGCGCCUCGUUUCUUUGCUUGCCGCGACCCAAUUGCCAACAUGCGCAUUGCUUUGAUGUUGGCCGAGUUUGGCGUAAAUCAUGCAAAAGGAAGCAUAACAACAGGAUCCGAGCCGCUGAGCUCCGAUAACCUUGUUGUUAAGUUUGCGGACAAGGAUAAGUCCGUCGUGCAAGGUGAUCUUGCUGUCAUGUUGUAUCUGGACGCUCGCUAUGGCAUCAGUAACCCUGGCAGUGCUUUGCAAGCUCCGGCGGUACUUGCAACCCGACUCACUCGUUUCCAGCGUGCCAUGGCCUUUUUGGAUACUUGGCGAAACUUGCCCAAGGUCGGCGACAAUGGCACACGAGAUAUCAGGUCUCUUAAACAAGAACUUGAAGACUGGAACAGUUUCGCAGAAGGGGACGCGCAACCCUUUAUUGCUGGCACGGAGAUGUCGCUGCCUGACUUCGCAAUCUGGCCAGUUCUUUACAGUAUGGUGGAAGAAGUAGGCCUGAAAACCUUUGAUGGUUUGGAAAGCCUCAGGGUGUAUUUCGAAAAGAUAGGGGAAAGGCCGGGUACGAAAAAAGUACUUGGCAGAGGCUAA